AGAUUAGUUCAAUAGUUCAAGUUUGGUCACUCUCCGUUGACUUUUGCUAAUGUGGUAGUCAACCUUCAUAAUUGACCGUAGAGUGACAUGACUAUUAAAAAAGAAUUAAAAAAUAAAAUUUAAUCUUUUUAAUUCACUCACACGGCCUUGAAGGUCCACGAGGACAAGCCACGAUCUGAGGGUGAGGAGAUGAUUGACGUCGAUAGGUGAGAGCCGAGAUUAUUUUUGCGGCUCGGCUGGCCCAAAUCUGCCAAUAGUUUCCUCUUCUCUCUCUAUCAUUAUUCAUUACGUUGAUUUUAUUUCUCUUCCCUCUCCAAAAGAUUUGUUACACCCCGCUCUUUCUAAAUUUUAAAAUGACUAUUUUACCCUUGGAUUAAUUCGUCAAGCUUCACCGUAAUAUUGAUGAGGACUAAAAGCAUGAACCAUCGAUUCGAACGGUGUCGAAUUUCGACGUAAAAUGACGAAGUGUUGAGCUUGGGUCAAGACCAAGUUAAAGAGUUGGGCUGAGUGGGCCUGGGUUUGGUUGUCAUGGGCGGCCCAUUUGCAAUAUAGAGGAGGUGGGCUUAAGUGAGAGGUUUGGAGGAGAUUGAGAAGAGAGGAAAAGGAAGGGAAUGGGUCUGAAUGGGCUCGCGGCCCGGAGAAGGAAAGGAAGGACGGGGUUGGCCUGCCGGCCCAGAUGAAAGAAGAGGAAAGAAGAAGGGCUUUGGCCCGAGUGAGAGAUAGAGUGAGGGAACGGGCUGAGGCCCGAGAGAGGAAGAGAAGGAGUGGGUCUGGGGAGGAAGAGGAUCCGCCCUCUCCUUGGCGAAGUCGAUCAGACGUGGAAGGGAGGAAGAGCCGGUCUGAAUAAAAAAAAGAAAUAAAAAAAAAGAUUCGUGGGUCUUUGGGAAAGCGGCCAGAAGCGAGAAGAGGGAGGGAAACAGAGCAACAUCUGACUAUUGGGUGGUAACGGCCGAAAUUGAUGUGGGUGAAUUGGGGAGGGUAAUUGCAUAGUAAUGAACGUUAAUGGGAGGAUAAAUGGAAGGGUUCUGUUUCCAAACAAGAGGAGUCGGAGGGGCAAACUUAGUGAGUUGGGUUAAAGAGGAAAGCACUCUCUGUUUCGGAGAACAAACCAGAGGGCGACCGAAGAAAGGGAGAGGAGGUCGGCGACGAUUGCGACGAUUGACCUUGAAUUGCAAUGGAAGGGUCGAAUCGAUCAGGAAGAGAAGGAAGGUGGAUCCGGACCAGGAUGGUAGGCCGCGGACGCAAGAGGGAACUCAGGAACUCGUCGACGGCGGCCGUAGCGAGAGUUGGUGUUGACGUCGCCAGCAGACAAAUGGGAGAUAGUGCAGGGACGAGGCAGCUGGGGUACCCUCCGAAGCGACCAAAGGUGUUUGCGAUCCGGAGCUGGCCUCCCAAUUGCGGCCCGAGGAAGAGAGAUGGGCAUGGCGGUGGCGGAGUUUCCACGGUGACGGUCGACGGAGCGCGGUUGUUCGAGGAGGGAGAAGAAGAGGACGAGCCGGAGGAGGGGCCGGAGUCGGAGCCGGAGGAGGAACUCGAUGGUGGCCGGGAUGUGGAGGUCGACGGCGGCGGCGGGAUUGAGGUAACAAUCUCCCGUUUUGUUGGAGUUCAAGGGCAUGGUUUAAUAAAUUUGAUGAAUAGUUAGGGGCGUAUACGUCUUUUAGGUGUAGGAGCGAUUUGGUAAAUUUAAUAAGUUUGGGUGCCGUAAGGUAAUUGACCAGGCUUGGGGUGAGUUGCAAUUAGUGGAUGUUUGGGUAUCGGAUUGAAAAUAAGCCGUUUGGACUAAAAUGUUUAAAUCAGAAAGUGGAAAUUGGUAUGGAGGUCUGAAUUGGGCAAUUCUGGGAAUUUGGAGCCGAAUUGAUAAGACCCAGGAAUUCCGAGUACUAUUUGGUAAAUUGCCAUUUGGGGCAAAAAGGUAAUUUUCCAUAAUUUUAAAGGAAGGUCCAGGAAAGGUUAAAUGGAGGAGUUUGGUUUUGGAAUCAACCAAAUUUGGGAUCGUUUGAUUAGUUACGCUUGUGGAAAGGAGUAUUAAGUUUUGCCUAAAUACUUAAUAGGAGAAAUUGCAAAAGAAGAUGAUUGAGCAUGGAAUCUCGGACGAUGACAUGGAUCAACCGGCAAUAAAGAGGGGUCGUUUUGAUCGAUCAAGGUCGGCUAAUGAGGUGAGUGUAAAGGGGGUAAAAUCUCCGUCAAGGUCUUUUCGUUUAUGUCUUUUAAUUCAGUUAUGAUUGUUAUUUUCAAGUAAGCGCCAUUAUGUGUGAGGCAUCUCACCGCCUACUUAAGGUGGAGGCACGCGUUGUGCUUGUGUAUGUAUGAAUGUUUGUUUGUGAUGUAUGGUUGAUGGUAAGAUGAACCCCCGGGCGGUUGGGCCACUACUGGACGCAGUAGAUGGUCGGGUCACUACUGGACGGCGAUACGUAACGCAGUAGUUGACCAGGCAUGGACUGGACGGCGAUACGUAACGCAGUACCAUUGCCUUGAGGAUAGGGACACCAGGCGGCGAUACGUAAUGCGGUGAUUCCCUAGUAAUAAGUAUAUAAGUUAAGGUAGUGGUAGAGAACUUCUAUGAUUUAAGGAUAAAAGUUGAGAACCUCUAUGAGUUAAAGUUGAAAUGAGGUAUUAAGGAUGAAAGUGAGAACGACUUUCAUCUAUGGAAAGGAAACGCUAAUAACGUGUUUUAGUAAGGAGAUUUCUAAGGGCAGAGACCUUAGGAAGUAACGACGAGACUGACCCAUUCUCACUCACCAGGUUGAGGAUGGGUUAGCGGAAGUGGAUCCCGAGAAGAAGUAAGAUGAGGCAAGCGGUCGUGCCAGUACUGGUGAGAUGUCAAGAAGCUGGGUGAAGAGUUAGAGUUAAAACUUGAAAGUUAUUUUAUGAUUAUGAUUAUGAGUAUAUGUACUGGAGAUUCAAGGUUCAAGAUGCUGGGUUAAGUUGUUUAAGUAUUUGGAUUUUGAUGGCCCAAGUGUUAGGGCUUUUCGUUUGAACUUCUUAAAUAAUGUCAGUUUGUUUAUUUAAAAAGUGGUUUGGUUGCUCCGGAGUAAUCGGUUUUGGGUUUGAGUUGUGGUUUGAUUUUUUCGAAAAAAAGGUCGGGACUUUACAAGAUUUCCCUUUCCUCUCCCGAUAACUCACAAAAAAUCUCUCCGCCGAGGGUUACGAUGAAGAUGACGGUGGCGACGAGGACUGCAAGGAAAAAGGCGAUGCCGCGAGGAAGAAGACAAUAACGCAAGGAGAAGACGCCAGUGCUUGGUGACGAUGGUAACGGUGCUUGAAAGAAGAAGGCGUCGGCCGAGCGGGAGGAAGACGACGACGGCGAGGGCAAGGAGAAGAAGGUUGUUGAGGUAGAUGUCGUCCUUUCUCUUGAUUCAUUGAUUCGACUGUAUGGUUUUAUGGAUUCGAGAUCUGUGAUUCUGAGGGGUUGGGAUCUGUGAUUCAAUUUGGGGAAUAUGGGAUUCUAUGCGUUUGGGAUCUGAGAUUCAAUUUGGGAGAUCUAGGAUUUGUUUGGGGGAUCUGUGAUUUUGUGCGGUUGGGAUCUGGGAUUUGAUUUGUAGAUCUGGAAUAUUAGUUCGUUUAAUAUGAAUAACAGUUAGCAUGCUUU